UCGAAUUCGUAUCCCUAAUAUAUCGAUUGAGUUGGAAUGACGUAAUCGUGAAUAGAUGUUCCAGUUGUAAAGAUCGUAAUUUAAUAAUAAUUAAUCAAAAAUGUGGUAUGAAGUACUUCCAACAUUAGCUAUAUUAGGAGCUGUUUUUGCAGUGCCGCAAAUAAUUCCAUAUUAUGUGGAAAAGAAGAUUUAUGGCAAUCCAAUAAGAAGGGAUCAUAGUCUGCAUUGGACUACCAUAAUGUCAGAAAGGGAUGAAGCAUUAACUGGUGAUUACAGAAAACCACGGGGUUUGGAAGGAAUUCCUGAUAAAUAAAAUUUACUUCUACCUACGUUUAGUAAAAUCAAUAUGUAAAUAUAUAUAAUAUUUCAAAUACAUUGAUAAGUACUA